AUGCCUCGUGGCAAGCACCUCUCGGAUGCGGAGCAAGUCGAAAUCAGCGCUUUCAAAACUGCCGGAUGGUCCAAUCGAGCAAUCGCCAAGCAUCUCAAGAGAUCGAAGAACUGUGUGAAUCAGUUCGUCAACAAUAUUCUCCACUAUCUGGAAUCCCGUAAGGUUGGUGCUCCAUCGAAGCUCAGCGUUCGGGAUAAAAGGAACAUCAGUCGUCAAGCUUCCAAUACCAUGAAAACGUGCAAUGCGAUCAAACGGGGUUUGAACCUCAACGUCUCGAAGACGACAGUCUGGAGAGUCAUUGAUCAGGAUCCGAACAUCAAAAGACAAGUCAUGAAGCCGUGCCCACGUCUGGAGAGCCACCACAAGACUCGACGGCUGAAUUUUGCUCGAAGCAACAUGGCUACCGAUUGGAAGACGGUGAAUUGGUGACACUGCGUAUGAGAACUGGCUAUCUUUUUUCAGUUGAUCUUUUCGGACAAGAAGAAGUUUAACCUCGAUGGGCCGGACGAUCUGCGGAAAGACCUGCUUCGUUUCUCCAAACGAAACUACGGCGGCGGAAGUGUUCUGUGCUGGUGUGCUUUUUCGUCCGUCGGUUUCUUGGAAAUCUUCUUCGUCGAUGGUCGUCUGGAUUCGGCCCGUUAUCAAGAUCUUCUCCGGACCCAACUGCUUCCGUUCAAACGUCGUUUCAACCGCCGUCGCUUUGUCUUCCAGCAGGACAACGCGCCGUGUCAUGCGAGUCGGUCGACCAAGGAUUGGCUCCAGUCCAAGAACAUCGACACUCUUCCUUGGCCGGCUUGCAGCCCAGACCUGAAUCCGAUGGAAAAUGUGUGCGGAGCGCUCGUGCGUCGUGUGUAUUCGCAAGGAAUGCAGUAUCACUCGGUCGGAGCACUCAAGGCCGUUCAGAACGAAUGGAAUAAGCUCGAGCAGGAGUUCAGAAACAAUACCAGCGCGCUUAUUCCGAGCCUUGUUAGCUCAAUGCCCUCUCGAAUUUACGAUGUGAUCACACGGAGAGGUGCUGCUGUUGAUUAUUAA